GAACUCCUCAUCUGUCGUACACUGUGCGUUCAGACUCACAGAGGAGAUGUGCUCGGGAUAAAACUGCGCUCCUUUCUCGCGUGCACCACUUUACAUUUUGCGCAUUGAAAGACGCCGCGUUUCAACCGAAACCUCUUGUUGUGUUUUUGCUCAUCAUUAAUUUUCGAUUAUUUAUUUAUAACGAUGAAGGCCAGCGCACCGGUUCGCCCUCAUAAGGUUUCCUCCAGCUGCAGUCCGCUCUCCAUGCGUUAUUUGUCGGAGCGCAGCCAAUGCAAAAUGGAUGAGGAGGAUCAUUUCUGUCUGCAGUACGACAUGAACGACUGCUACAGCCGACUCAAGCGCCUCGUGCCCACUAUACCCCAGGAUAAGAAAGUCAGUAAAGUGGAGAUCCUCCAGCAUGUCAUUGACUACAUCCUGGACCUGCAGCUGGCGCUGGAGACGCACCCGGCUCUCCUGAAACAGACGAGCCCACCCGCGUCCACACGGACCCCUCUCACACAGCUCAACACAGAGCAGAGGACGACGGGUGUCAAUACGGAAGACUCGAUUUUGUGUCGCUGAAAUGUUGCACACUGGUGUGCACUGAACCCAUCCAAAGCCAAGCCCAACUUCACCAGGGACUCCUACACACACCAGGCCCGAUCACAUGGGAGGGACCAGCACUGAAACUAAUAGCUACUAAAUCAUAAUAUGUAAACGUUUUAACAUCGGCCGUCAAAGACGUAGUGAAGCCAGACAGAUUUCUCCUGUGUCCCUUAUACUCAGUGGAAAAAAGCCUCAUUUCGGACAGAGAAUCCCCCAGUGCCCCCUUCUCUAACCCCACCGCUGGAAUUCAACUAAAACGUCAGGCCGUAAAGCUUUAUGAAUAAAGUGUGGAAAUAUAAACAUCUGACAUCAAUUGUCAGGUGAUUUGUGUUAAACAGGGAUUUCCCUGCAAUUACGCUGUUUAAUAUUUGUAUAAUACAAUGACGAUACGUGUUGGGAAAUGAUGAUGCUGUAUAUAUCAAGAAGCAGGAUGUUCUAUAAAUGUAUGUGUAAGAAAAUAUAUGUUCAAUCAGCUGAUUGUAAUUAUUCUAAAAUAUUUUUUAUGGAAAGGUGUUUUGUUCUGUAAAUAUUGUGUUUUCACAUACAGUAAGUGUAGUGAAUGAUUACAUGAUGUUCUGCUAAUAAAGGUCUCACAUCAUAUACUAA